GGCCCCUCGGCGCGGGCGCGGGCGCGGGCGGCGCCGCCCCCGGAGGCUACUUCGAGACUCCUUUUAAUUUUGGCAUGAAUCAUAGAACACCACCCUACCCCGCUGGGGAUUAUUGCCUUCUGUGCAGAAGUGAGCGGAAAGACUCUUCGUUCUUAGAGAGUGGAAUUAAGACUGCAAGCAAAUUGGCCCUCUCCAUGGCUCCCAAGGGCAACAGCGUGCUGCACCUGCCACUGUGGGUGUGCCCAGACUGCCGGCGGGCUGUGGAGAAGGAGGAGAGGCCCAGCAGCCUUGAUCAGCCGUCGCAGGGCCAAGACUUUCUUCUUCACUCCCCUCUUGGUGGGUCCCAGCCGGAGGCAGGCGGCGGGAGGCUAGCCCUCGGCGCACAGACACUGCCCUCAGCGGGGCUGGGCACUGCCCCCUCGGAUGCCACGUGCGCCUGUGAGGCCUGCAGCGAGCGCAGAGAGAUUUCGGCAGAGACGGACCGGGAACCUCAGCAGCUGCAGAACUAUUGGUCAGAAGUGCGCUACAUGGUCCGCUGCAUUUACCGCCAGGCGGGGACCCCACUGGCCGACGACCAAGACCAGAGUCUCGUGCCCGACAAGGAGGGGGUGAAGGAGCUCGUGGAUAGGCUCUGUGAGAGGGACCCCUACCAGCUGUACCAGCGAUUGGAGCAACAAGCUAGGGAGUACGUGCUGGAGAUGAAGGUCCGACUCCUCCGGCAGCUGUCGGCAGCAUCUAAAGUGAAAGCGCCGUCUGCCCUGCAGGGCCCUCCACAGGCACACCAGUUCAUCUCUCUCCUCCUCGAGGAGUAUGGCGCCCUCUGCCAGGCGGCACGCACAAUCAGCACCUUCCUUGGCACACUGGAAAAUGAACACUUGAAAAAGUUCCAGGUGACAUGGGAACUACAUAAUAAACAUCUGUUUGAAAAUCUGGUCUUUUCGGAGCCACUUCUCCAGAGCAACUUGCCAGCACUGGUGUCGCAGAUCAGCUCAGCUCAGCUUGAAUGUAAGCCUUGUGCCUACACAUUGUGCUCCGAUUAUCCAAGCAGAGAUGUCCCAAGAACCCUGGCUACUUUGGCUCAAAAUGGAACCUGUAUCAUGGUAGAGGAGAACAGCUCUCACUUCCGGCUAGGAACCACGACGCAUGACACAUGCAAUGAAGACACCUAUAGCACCUUGCUGCAGCGGUACCAGCGCUCUGAGGAGGAGUUGCGCAGGGUGGCGGAGGAGUGGCUGGAAUGCCAGCAAAGGAUCGAUGCCUAUGUCGACGAGCAGAUGACAAUGAAAACCAAACAGCGCAUGCUGACGGAGGACUGGGAGCUUUUCAAACAAAGGCGAUUCAUUGAAGAACAGCUGACCAAUAAGAAAGCAGUUGCUGGUGAGAACAACUUCACAGACGCCAUGAGGCACAUGUUGUCAUCCCGGCUGAGCAUGCCCGACUGCCCCAACUGCAACUACAGGAGAAGAUGUGCUUGUGAUGACUGCAGCCUCUCACACAUCCUCACUUGUGGUGUCAUGGACCCCCCCGUCACUGGCGACAUCCACAGUCACCAGCUGCCCCUCCAAGUGGAUUCUGCUCCCGACUAUCUCUCUGAGAUGCGCCCACCUAGCGUGUCCUCAGCAAGCUCAGGGUCAGGUUCCAGCUCUCCCAUUACAAUUCAGCAACAUCCCAGACUCAUCCUCACAGACAAUGGCUCUGCACCAACUUUUUGUAGUGAUGAUGAAGACGUUGCACCAUUGUCAGCUAAAUUUGCUGAUAUUUAUCCACUGAGUAACUACGAUGAUGCUGAGGUGGUGGCCAACAUGAAUGGACUCCACAGCGAACUGAAUGGUGGCGGGGAAAACAUGGCUCUCAAAGAUGAGUCCCCUCAGGUAAGCAGUACCAGUAGUAGCUCUUCAGAGGCUGACGAUGAAGAGGCAGAUGGCGAGAGCAGUGGGGAACCGCCAGGAGCCCCAAAGCAAGAUGUGGCUCUAGGCAGUGGGAGUCCCAGGAAAGAGGAGAGUAAAGUGGACAGUCCACCCCCAUCUUACCCAACUCAGCAGGCCGAACAAGCUCCAAACACUUGUGAAUGUCAUGUUUGUAAACAAGAAGCUUCUGGACUGACUGCAUCAGCAAUGACUGCAGGAGCCCUUCCCCCUGGCCAUCAGUUCAUGAGCCCAGAGAAGCCCACACACCCUGCUCUGCAUCUUUACCCCCACAUCCAUGGACACGUGCCCCUGCACGCCGUCCCACACCUGCCCCGCCCUCUCAUCCACCCCACCUUGUAUACAGCGCCCCCCUUCACACACAGUAAGGCUUUACCGCCAGCACCUGUUCAGAAUCACACAAAUAAGCAUCAGGUAUUCAAUGCAUCUCUUCAAGACCAUAUUUAUCCAAGCUGUUUUGGGAAUACUCCAGAGUGGAAUAGUUCUAAAUUUAUAAGUCUUUGGGGAUCAGAAGUGAUGAAUGAUAAGAACUGGAAUCCUGGCACUUUCUUGCCAGAUACAAUUUCUGGGAGUGACAUACUAGGACCAACUCUCUCAGAAACAAGACCCGAAGCCCUUCCAACGCCAUCCAGCGGUGAAACACCUAUGGUUUCAGAGAGCAAGGAGAAAAAAAACGCUGCAAAAAAGAAAUGCUUGUACAAUUUCCAAGAUGCUUUUAUGGAAGCGAACAAAGUUGUGAUGGCCACGUCAUCAGCCACCUCCUCUGUGUCCUGCACAGCCACUACGGUGCAGUCUAGCAACAGCCAGUUCAAAGUGUCGUCCAAGAGGCCUCCUUCCAUAGGUGAGGUGUUCCAUGGCGUCAAGGAGGACCACAGACACGCGGUGCCGGCCGCCCCAAGGAACAGUCCUACGGGCUUGGCACCGCUUCCCGCCCUCGCCCCUGCUGCGCUCGCCCCAGCCUCUUCGCCUCACCUAGCAAGUCUUGCGGCCCCGUCCUUUCCCAACACUGCAGCCACAUCCCCCGGGUUUGUGGAUACACGAAAGAGCUUCUGUCCUGCUCCAGGAGCCCCCCCACCCCCCACCACCGAUGGCUCCAUCAGCGCUCCACCCAGCGUUUGCAGCGACCCCGACUGUGAGGGGCACCGCUGUGAGAACGGCGUGUAUGACCCACAGCAGGACGAUGGGGAUGAGAGUGCCGACGAGGACAGCUGCUCUGAGCAUAGCUCUAGCACCUCAACCUCCACCAACCAGAAGGAGGGCAAGUACUGUGACUGCUGCUACUGUGAGUUCUUCGGGCAUGGUGGGCCUCCAGCUGCACCAACAAGUAGAAAUUAUGCAGAGAUGAGGGAGAAGCUUCGUUUGCGGCUGACCAAGAGGAAAGAAGAGCAGCCUAAAAAAGCGGACCAGCUCUCAGACAGAGAGAGUGUGGUUGACCAUCGAAGGGUGGAAGACUUGCUGCAGUUCAUAAACAGCUCAGAGACCAAGCCUGUGAGCAGCACUCGAGCCGCCAAGCGAGCCAGACACAAGCAGAGGAAGCUGGAGGAGAAAGCUCGCCUGGAAGCUGAGGCCAGGGCCCGGGAGCACCUGCACCUCCGUGAGGAGCAGAGGCGACAGGAGGAGGAGGAGGAGUUUCAGCGGCUUCAAGAGCUUCAGAAGCUGAGGGCCGUGAAGAAGAAGAAGAAGGAGAGACCAAGUAAAGACUGUCCCAAGUUGGACAUGCUUGCUAGAAACUUCCAGGCAGCAACAGAGUCUGUACCUAACUCUGAAACCAUGCACAAUGGCUCACUAGAGCAAAUGGAAGAACCAGAAACCUCCUCUCUCUCUCCUUCCACACAUGGGGACCACUCAGAGGCCAGGCCGGGGCCGGGGGUUGAUGGGGAUGCUGCCAGCCCAGUGGACGCCAGAGACUCCAAGCUUCUCCUCCCUAAGGAGGCCAGUGGGAAGCAGCAGGAGCCGCUGUCUUUCCUCCUCGACAUAAUGCAUCACCACAAAGAGGGGAACAGCAAGCAGAAGCUCAAGCAGACCAGCAAGGCAGGCAGUGAGCCUGCGAGGAAGCCGGCCGACUCCCCCCGAGCCUCAGAGGGCCAGCCCAGACCAAGGCCCCAGACGGAGCCAAAGGCCAAGGUGCUUGACCUGGCUUCCCUGGCAGAGCAGAAGAGGGAGGAGAGAAGAGUGAACAGUAACAACAAUAACAAAAAGCAGCUGAACCAUGUCAAGGAGGAAAGGCUGCCUCCGGCCCCCCUGGAGCCUGCUCCGCCCAGCGAGCCCCUGCCGGACAGCAAGCUGGUGCUGGCGGACUCUCCACAGCCCAAGGGCAAGAGCAAGAAAAAUAGGAAGAAGAAAGGAGACAGAGUCAACAGUUCAAUCGAUGAUGUCUUUCUGCCUAAAGAUAUUGACCUAGACAGUGUGGAUAUGGAUGAGACAGAAAGGGAAGUGGAAUAUUUCAAAAGAUUCUGUUUGGAUUCCGCUCGACAGACCCGGCAAAGACUGUCCAUCAACUGGUCCAAUUUUAGCUUGAAAAAAGCCACUUUUGCUGCCCACUGAAUGAGGACCGCCUGAAGAGGAGUGCGCGGGAGGUGGGCCAGGCCCCGGAGCUGUUGUGCUUGCCCAGGGCUGUGCCGGGUGGGCCGCCGCACCUGAGACCCCCCCAGACCGAGAACUUGCAGCUCGGCCCGCAUCGGUAGCUCGUGUGCGUGUAGUCUGUGAGUGAGGCGUCGAUCGCAGUGCUGUGCUGUCGGAUUGGAACAGUGGCUCCCGCCAGUUCUCCACCACGUGGCCAGAGACGGGUUUCAUCAUCCACGUGGCUUGUUGCCUCUGCAUCUCGCCCCGUCCUGUCAUCUGUCCCCGCCGGGGGCACUGCCGUCACUCAGCUCUCGUGUGUCCUGCGUCCCCCUGAGGCGGGCUGGGCGGGCAGGCGCGCUUCGUUCUCCUCCACAAUCUACUGUUUAAGAGUGUACACGUUGCGCUGUUUGUGUCUGACCCCCCUGACUUGUAGCCAGCUUGUGUAAGAUCCCUUGCAGAAUGAGAAAGUUCAAAACAAAACCCCACCCAGUACUCACACCAUCAAGUCUGUUAGAGAGUGUACGACUGUAUUAACACGGAGGCCUGCCUGGCUACUUUUUUAACAUAUUGUUAAGUAAUAUUAAAAUCAUGUCUUUCUUUUUGAAAGAUGGAAUACAUUAGUACAGCAGAA